AGACAGUUAAGUCAAGAGACAGUUGACAACUCGGUCGGUCGCCAUUUUCUUUUGUUGGUGGUUGGGUCGAUUCGGUUUGAUCAAGUUACUAGUACCUGCCUAUCAUUUUCUUCGCUCAAAUAUAUCUAUUGAUGAAGAAUUAAUUGGGUUUGAUUAUUAUUUGAACAGUAAAUAUGUCACGAGUGUUAUAGUUAACUUGCAGACCUUUGUAUUUGUUUUGCUUUGGUUACUUGAAUCACCAUGUCGGCACACGAGCAAAUGAGGGCAAUGUUGGAUCAAUUGAUGGGCACUGCUCGAAAUGGUGAAUCGGAUAGGCACGGAAUUAAAUUCUAUGAUGAUGCUGUGUGUAAAUCAUUUUUGUUGCAAUGUUGUCCUCACGCAAUCCUUUCGUCAACGCGAAUGGAUUUAGGUGAGUGUCCAAAAAUACAUGAUCUGGCUCUCCGUGCGGAUUAUGAAUUGGCAUCGAAAAGUAAAGAUUAUUUCUAUGAUAUUGAUGCAACUGAACAUUUGGAGGCAUUUUUAUCCGAUUGCGAUCGAAGAACGGCUGCAGCCAAGCAGCGCCUUGCUGAAACACAAGAAGAGUUAUCUGCAGAAGUGACUGAGAAAGCCAAUGCUGUGCAUGAGUUGGCAGAACAGAUAGGUCAAAAGCUGGCGCGAGCAGAGGCUCUUGGAGAAGAGGGUAUGGUUGAAGAGAGUGUAAAGCUCAUGGGAGAGAUUGAAGACUUGCGAAAGAAGAAAGCCGCCGCCGAACAGGAAUAUCGUAAUUCUAUGCCAGCAUCCUCCUACCAGCAGCAAAAGUUACGUGUGUGCGACGUGUGCUCGGCGUAUCUUGGUAUACAUGAUAAUGAUCGACGACUUGCCGACCACUUCGGUGGGAAGCUUCAUCUAGGAUUCAUCACUAUUCGUGAAAAGUUGGCUGAACUGAAGAAAACCGUAGACAAGAGGCGCGAAGAGCGAGGCGCAUCAGAACGCGAGCGAGCUGGCGGCCGGAGACAUUACGUGGGGGGCCGCGAGCUGGACCGCCGUGCGAGGCGACAUCGCGAGACCGCGCGAGACCGCGACCGCACCAAGGACGGCGACCGCAAGGACAAGGAGCGCGACCGCGAGAGGGACCGCGAUCGCGAGCGCGAACGUGAGAAGAGGCGAAGCAGAUCUCGGAGCAGGAGUAAACGUGAUGGAUCUCGCGAAAGGUCGCGCGGCCGGGAACGCGACUCUCGCCGAAGUCGCUCGCAUCGCCGAUCCUCGUCUAAAGAGCGCAGGCGGGAAUAACCCUAAGAAGAAUAGUGCGAUUGUCUAUCAACCACAACACACCAUACAUUUAGUUAGACACCGCAAGUGCAAUUUACAUGAAAACACUUUAGUUCAGUCUGGCAUGGGCCUUAAUGAAAUUAGUGUAAGACUUAUAGCAAUAGAGCAGGUAGAUGAUUAUAUUGGUACGCUUGAUCUAGCUCGUCUGAAAAGAGCGAUUCAACUGCCAAACGGGUGGUAAAAAAAUGGCCCAUUUGUUAUAGAAUCUUUGACCACUUCCAAUCUUUUACAGGUCAUCAUCAUCCAUGAAUAGGUUUUCAAUUUCAGAUUUAUCAGUUAUAGAUAUUUGUAAAUGUGGCUGACAGAUAAUUAGUGUAAUUUGCGCAAUAAUCUACAGUAGCUAUAGCCACUUACACAAAGGGUAUAUUAUUAGUAUAAUAAGAGCUCAGUUUUUACCUAUUGCCUGUGUAUAUUAGCCUUUGCCCGCGGCUCCUUUACCGACGGAAUCCCAGGUAUUUAUUUUGAGCAGAGAUCUCAAACCUACUUCUCAGAUUUCGGCUCUUUUAUGUCGAAAUGAAACAAGUUAUUUAUAUAGUUAUAAUAAGUAUAUGGACUGUGGCCCUGAAUUUAUGAAUUAAACAAUCUGUUUUAUUUUCUUGCUUUUUGUUUUCAUUUAAUGUUUAAAUUUUAUUUCUAAAACGCAGUGUUUUUCUUCUAUUGAAUAUAUCAUUACAUAAAGCUGGAAGGAUGGGAAGGAGAUUCAGCACACCUAUAAAUAAGCUAAUAAGUUUUAAUUUAAACACAUUUUGUGUUGAUCUUAUAUAAUAAUACUUUUUGUUAUUAUCCAGGGUUGCAAGUAAACUUUAAUUGUAUAGAUUUGUGUGUAAUAUGUACAAAUUUGUUUGAUCUAAGGAAAGUAAGGGAUUUUAUUUUCUUUAUGUAAGAUUGUUAUUUGAAUAAAGAUGGUAUACAAGGA